AAUGGAGAAUAGCACGGACGGUAAACAGGCGACAGGCAGGCGGCAUGGGCGUUUGUUUGCUGGCGAAAGCUAUGAACCCCGAUGACCUCAGAGGUGAGAGUGCAAGUACAUAAGACCUCACUACAGCGCAGUGUGUCCUCGUUCUAUUCAACCACAACCCAAUAUCAAACUCUACAUUACACUGCAAAACUCCUCCGAACCAAUUAAGAUGACUGAAAACACGAACCCGGCCAACUUUGCGAACCGCCCGACCGAGGAGGUCCGCGAGAUUGCUGCUAUGGGUGGUCGGGCCAGCCAUGGCGGAAAGGGCACCGACACUGAAUCGCACCCAGACCGCAACCCCGAUGGAACCUUCACCAAGGGUAGCGAGCUUGCCAAAGAACUCGGAGCCCAAGGCGGCCACCUCAGCCAUGUCAACGAUGGUGCUACUCACCCCGAUCGCAAUGCCGAUGGCACCUUCGCCAAGGGCAGCGAGGCUGCUGGAGAGGCUGGCAUCAAGGGUCGACACGCAGCCCACCAUGCAACUGAGCAUCCCGACCGCAACCCCGAUGGAACCUUCACCAAGGGAAGCGAAGCCGCACGAGAGGCUGGCAUCAAGGGAGGCCAUGCGGCCCACGAAUAUCAUGCAACUGAGCAUGCCGACCGCAACCCCGACGGAACCUUCACCAAGGGCUCUGAGGCCGCCAAGGAGGCCGGAGUCAAGGGUGGACAUGCAAGCCACGGCGCGGCUGUUUGAGCUGUUGAUAUGGGCAUCGAUGAGCCGAGCUUAUCAUGAGAUGACUGUUUCCUUUGUUUUGACGGAGAUGGGACCGAGGCUAGCAUGAAAAGUGAUGAAACCAAUGACAUUCUCUCAUACCUCACGGUCUCGUUAC